UAAUUUGUCGUAAUGGGCCGAAAGCAGCGUAGUUAUACAGAGGAACAGAUUCGAGCAUUUCUGAUCGGUUUUGCUGCCGCUGAUGUGAGCGCACGGAGUUACGCAAAUAAUAUCGGAGUUCCGUGGAGAACUUUCACACGCUGGAAAAGCAGGUUGAGGAAGAACGAGCCUCUUCGGAAGCAGAAACACAAGCGAAAGCCGGACCACUCUGACAUAGAGGACGCUUUGUACGAAUUUCUCCUGGCCGAGCGGAAGAAGGGUCUGAUUGUGACGCGUCUGGAGCUGAAAAAAAGAGCGCUAGAGUUAGCCCAGGUGGAAGGAGCUCCAACCUUCAAGGCUUCAGACGGUUGGCUUACUAGCUUUUUGAAGAGAAAGUGCCUGCGAUACCGUGUCCCAACUCAACAUGCUCGCAAGUCUGAAUUUACAGAAGAAGAUCUGGAAGAAGAGCUGGAGUAUUUUCUCCGCUUGCACAAUUCCAUCGUUCUGGAUGAAACUCCCGCUGACCGCGUAUUCAAUUUCGAUCAGACGAUGAUUCGCCUUGUAGCGCCGAAACCGAAAACACUUUCUCCCAUUGGAGUGAAAGAAGUAACUGUUAAACAGCCUCCUGGCGAAAAAGAAGGAAUAACUGUGUCUUUAACGAUCCGUGCGGAUGGUGGAAAAUAUCCCGCUGUAGUGGUGCUAGGGGGGAAAGAAUGGGAAGCUGUCAGAAGGGAUAAUGAACAAGCUGAAAGUUCCUUCUAA